CGUUAGGAACAUGGAGGAGGAGCUGAAAUUAUUUUUCGAAGAGUGUCGGAAGCAAGAAUUUACCGAAAGGGAAAUUUUGACUAUAUGUCAGCCUUUAAUGUGGAGAAUACGACUAGCCAAGAUAAUAAAAUUGUGUUUUAUUUUACUUCCUCUGGUGGUUUUAUACCUUCUUUGGUUAUAUAGCGACACCUUUGCCUGGUGGUUGAGUGCUGUGGGUCGUUUGUUACUCAUUCAGUUUCUUCCACUCUGGGAUUGGACACCAUACUAUAAUGCAAAGUGCUUGAUUCCGAGAGAUCAGAAUGUCCAGGAGCAGACACCUCCUCUAGGUAAAGAUGAAACCCUGUGGCAGAAUUGUGCCCUUUGUGAAAAUUUGGAGGGAAUAGCCACUACUUCGAAUGUUAGCUACUCCAUUUUGGAAUCGGAAUACCUAGAACGUGGACUACCUGUCAUUAUAACCGAUACUGGAUUGAAAACAAACGCCAUUGAUCUUCUAGAAGUCAUAGAGAAGAAGUCACCACAGUGGUUAGCAAGUGAACCAUGUGAUGUUUCCAGCAAUCUCCUGCUAAGAAAACUGUUCAACCUGGAGGCAGCUUUGGACAAAAUUCACUGGACAAGUCACUGGCACCUUCAGCUAAGAAACUGUCAAAAGAAGGCCAUAAAAUCCUCUCGACUGUUCCUAGAUCGUCCCUACUACUAUCCCCUCCACCUGGCUCCAUAUUAUUCCAGCUGGUUACUGACAGUCCAUCAGCAAAAGAGAAAUCAGGCAGAGAUAUACGUUCGAGGCUUGAUUCUCAUUCAGCAAUUAGGUGGACACUUCGAAGUGGUUCUCCAUCCGAAAAAUCCCUGUAAUAAAGGAUUAUGUCCAAGCCUACGAAUGCGCCUUAAUGCAGGAGAAGGGUUGAUCUUCACCACGGAUAUUUGGAGCCUUAGUUAUGGCCUAGAGAAACCCCACUCGAAGCAGACAUCUCUGGCUAGUAUCUUUGAGAUAGACUGGCAAUAAUGAUCAUUU